CGUCAAUCUCACAAAGAAAGAUAACAUCUUCACAUAUCUCAUAAUAUAGUUCCAGUGUGUAUUUCACUAUGCUUCUAGCAGAUAUGGAGGUUGAUGGUAACCCUGGAUUUGUUGACAGUCUCUUUACCACUGAGACCCAACAAUGGCUGCCGUCAGUAAGACAGAUCAAGAAUGCUUCAAUUGGCAAUAAUAAACAGAAGACAUCUAUGAUGAAAUGUGGAAUUGUACCAAGGUUAUUGCAGUUUAUGAUAGAUGAAACCUCAGACAUUGAGUUACGGAUUGAGAGUGCAGUUGUCUUGGGCAGUUUUGCAAAAGGCACUAAAGCAGAUAUAGAAAUGUUGCUAGAUUAUGGUUGUCUUUCAGUAUUACUAAAAGACAUCUCUCAUCCAAACCUGAAGUAUGUUGAAGCCUGUCUCCGUUGCCUGAGGACUAUAUUCACCAGUGAGGUUGCCUCUGUAGAUGUCAUUUAUCAGGACUUGACCAUUGUACCACACAUGUUGAGUAUUAUAUCCAAGUCGUCCUGUACUCAGGAAUGUAUCACAAAUAUCCUUGCCAACUGUUGUACAUCAGCCUUACAGCAAAGUGUGCUCUGUAGCAAUGGGAUUGUAUCAGCUUUGGCUCCUCUGCUUUGUUCUGAUAUAUACAGAGUGCAGAUGCCAACAUUGAAGUGCUUCUCUCAACUUUGCUACCAGAAUCAACAUGUCUCUCUAAAUGUAGCCAUGGCAACGCAUAACGGUCAGAGCCUCCCCAAUAUGUUUGUAAAACUGCUAGCCAGGGAUAAGCCACUUGAGAUGCAAAUGGCAGCUGCAACAUGUUUGGCCUACAUCUAUCGUGCUGGGGCCUUGAAUGCCAGUGAUCCCAUGAUCAGUUUGAAGUCUCUCCCUACCCUGGUACGCAUGUGUAAGAGAGAUAAAGACAUCACACAGAGAGUAAAAGGUGCAGAAACUCUGGCUUACCUUAUAGAGGUUGACAUAGAGCUACAGCGUAUAGCUGCCUGGUCAGAUCAUCUCAUCCUAACUAUGGCAGAAUACCUCAGAUAUGUGGAAAGUGCGGAAGAAACUAAUGGCAAUGGAAGCAAUAAAAAGGAGGUUCAGCAAGAGGUAUCUGGAGAGAUGAAGCAGGCUGCAUUCAGAGUGUUUGCAUCACUUGGCGCUAAUGAUGAGGACAUCAGGAAAAGGAUUAUUGAGACUGAGAAUCUGAUGGACCACUUAGUAGUAGGCUUGUAUGAUGAAAGUACUAAAGUCCAAUUAUCUGCAGUUCGGUGUAUGCAUAGUCUUUCUAGAUCUGUACAACAACUCAGAACUAGCUUCUCAGAUCACACUGUCUGGAAACCACUCAUGAAGCUUCUACAGAAUGCCUCUGAGGAAGUCCUGACAGUCGCCUCUUCUACACUCUGUAAUCUUCUCUUAGAGUUCUCACCUAGCAAAGAGCCUAUCCUGGAAUCAGGAGCUGUAGAGUUGUUAGUAAACCUCACAAAGAAAGAGAACCCUGCACUGAGGGUGAAUGGCAUAUGGGCACUAAUGAAUAUGACGUUCCAAGCUGACCACAAGAUCAAGACUCAGAUCCUGAAUGCUUUAGGUACAGACCAGUUGUUCUGUUUGUUAUCUGACUCUAAUGUGGAUGUAUUGAUGAAGACUCUGGGAUUGUUGAGAAACCUUCUCUCAAAUAAGUCAGUAAGUCAAGAUAUUGAUGACAUCAUGAGACAACAUGGUAAUGACAUCAUGCAAGCUGUGAUCCUCAUACUAGAAGGAGACCACCCUAUAGACGUCAAAGAACAGACAUUAUGCAUCCUUGCCAACGUAGCUGAUGGUGUCAACUCAAAAGACUUCAUCAUGAGCAAUGAAGAUGUUCUGAAAAAACUUAUGACUUAUAUGAUCCAUGCAAACGUUCGCUUACAAAUAGCAGCCACAUUCUGCAUAUCAAACUUAAUAUGGAGUGAAGAAAGUGGGGCAUUUGAGAGGCAGGCCAAACUACGAGAGAUGGGAGUACAGAAGUUAUUACAGCAGCUGUUGAGUACAAAUGAUACAACUUUAUUUGAUAAGGUAAAAACAGCAUUACAGCAGUUCACCUGAUAGAGGAGAGAAUAAAGCUAUAUUUCAUUGUAUUUGGACAUAAAAUGGAACAGAUUUUGGACAUAUAAAGGGAAUCUAACAGAAUGUUGCCAUAUAUAGGCAUAAAGUGAAACUAUGACAGAAUAUGGCCAUAUAUAGACAUAAAGUGGAACAGUUUGACAUACUAUUGCCAUAUGUAGCUACAAAGAAUAGCUUGGCAUAAUAAUGCCAGACUUAAAGGGACCUGUGGAAUAUCUUUGAUCACUUAAUUUAUGAAUAGCUUUUAGUAUUGAAUGUAAGAUACAAAAAAUUACAUUAUACAAAUAAGUAACUGCACUAUGAAAUUGAAACUGUUGCAUCAUGAUACAAGGCUGUGUAGGUUUUAGUACACCAAAAAAUAUUGGAGAAAAGGGAAACUCUUUGUUGUAUGAAGAACAUUUUGUUUUGUCAAAUCUUGUUUAAUUAUAGUUUUGUUACGUUUAUGUAUACUUAAUUCAGUAAAGUAUUUUAUAAUGAACUUUAAGUCUAUUAAUUGUGAAAGUGGUGUAACUUGAAUGUCGCUUCCUCGUUUAAGUUCCAGAGACAUGCUCGAGUAAAUAUAUUAUUUUGUUGUGUUAUAUAGCUAUCAAUAU